CAAUACGAGAGACAGAGAGUGUAAGCUUUUGUAUCAGUAUCGGUUGUUUUUGGAAGAUCAUCGAGAGCACCCAUGCAGGAGCAUGCGGAUGUUGGAGGGGAUGGCAAGCUUCCCUUUUUCCCCUGAUCUUGACGUUGACCUUAAAUUCUCAACAUAUUUAUUUUGUGGGCCAGCCCUCGCUUGAAUCUUGGCGCUGGCUCCAUGGGGUUUGAUGUUUAUUUUUCCUCUGCUAAGUUUUAGUUUAGGCAUUUUUACUUUUCUUGUACAAUGUUAUUGUUAGUCUGGUGAUCAACAUUAUGUUAUUGUUAGUCUGGUGAUCAACAUCUACAUCUACUGCCUUGAAGGUAUCAAGAUCGAAAGUAGUUCUUCAUGCUAUUGAGAAAACGUGAACGAGAACGUUGACGUUCGUAUCUAACACACAGUAAAAGCACUGUAAUUUUUAAGCAUCCGAAAAAAUGUCGUCUCAGUCCUCGACGCGUGUCGCCAGCGUUGCUGGGCAUGUGCUUGCUGACGUCCCUGCGCAAUGCAAACUCCUGGUUGCUAACCGUGGUGAAAUCGCUUGCCGCAUUUUCCGUGUCUGCAAGAUUCUGAACAUCAUCUCCGUCGCCGUCUACACCAAAGAAGACAGCGAAAGCAACCACGCCUUGGAAGCUGACGAAUCUUACCUUCUGGAAGGCACUGACCCUGUCGCACCGUACCUGAAUGUCGAAAAGGUAAUAGAAGUCUGCAAGUCCGCAAACGUCCAUGCUGUGCAUCCAGGCUACGGCUUUUUAUCGGAGAAUCCAGCUUUCGCAACCGCGUUGGCAGUGGCUGGUGUGCUGUUCAUCGGUCCACGACCUGAUGUAUUGGAGACGUUUGGGGAUAAAACAGCCUCCAGGAAAUUCGCCGAGGAAGUGGCAAAAGUCAGUGUCGCUCGUGGAUCACCUGUGCUGAAAGACGCCAAGGAAGGCCUCGCUUUUGUGUUAUGGUCAACAUUUAGUGUCUAUCAUUCUCGGCAUAGAUAUGUUCCGCUGUAUUCUUCUCAUGAAUAUUACAAGGUAUUAAAAGUGGUCAACAAGAAAAGGGACCCCCCGAGAUACAAUCUAGCAGACUCUAAUUGUGAAAGAGAAGAAGAUGACCCUACCUUUGCUCCUCAAAGCGGCGAAUGGAGGCGGAGGGAAAGGACAGCGAAUUGUGCGGAAGCUCGAGACCUUUGAACAAGACUGGCAAAAAUGUGCACAGGAGGCGGAGAUGGCUUUCGGAAAGGGCGAAAUCUUCGUCGAGGAGUACAUAGAGAAUGCUAGACACAUCGAGGUGCAGGUGAUUUGCGAUUCGGUGGGGAAUUUAUGGAACUUUCAACUUAUCUCAACCUUGUUUCAUCUAAGGAUCUAUGUUGAUGGAAAGCUGUAGAUGUAGUCUAACGGUCUAUGCUAUGAUUGAAAGCUGUAGUACUAGUACGUGCACAAAAAUUCAUGAUCAUGAUUUGGAUUUGAAUCAAAGUUGCUACUCAACCACUCACCUUCUAAGUUCUUGCCUUCACGCCUUCGAGCGCGACUGCUCUUUGCAACUGCGGAAUCAGAAGGUUCUUGAAAUAGCGCCUGCGCGUGGCAUCUCCGCUUCCUUGCGCAAGGAGCUCACUUCUGCGGCUUUGCGGUUGUGUCGUGGUAUCGGGUACAUGAAUGCGGGAACAGUGGAGUUUCUAGUACAAGGAGAGGACCUAGCUACUGCGAAUAGAUACAUUUUUCUCGAAGUCAACCCUAGGAUUCAGGUGGAGCAUACGAUCACCGAAGAGCUGACAAGGUUGGACUUGAUUCAAGCGCAAAUACGUGUAGCAUUUGGGGAAAGUCUGGAAACAGCUUUAUUCAAACAUUUACGGCACAGGAUUUUGGGAUUUUGAGUUUGAGUUCUACUGGUUCCUUCUCGUACUCGUAGGAAGGGUGCUUACUCCACACCUUCACAAAUAUAUGAAUCCAUCAACAUGCCUUCGCCUUUGCCUAGAAAGUCUAAAAGUUGAAUCGUAUCUUCUCUCUCCCUCUCUCUUUCUUCCUUUCUGUAACCUAAGCUUCAACGAAAGCGGAGGUGAAGAACCAGCCGUCCACGUUUAUUACACCAGCAUCAGUCAAGAGGAUGCUGGCAUCUUCAACGCUCACAACCAAGACUGCACUUAAAGAGAGGCAGAAUACAACUGUCGCGAAAAAAUUUUCCGACAAGUUGCAGGAAGAAAGGAUGGUUUGCGGUAAUGAUGGCAACAAUGCUGCUGCACAACUCCGCAUUAAUUUGCUGCCUGGCGCUGUGGCGAAGACCUUCAGCGUGUACCAGCCGCCACCGAAUGUUAGAGUCGACACUGGCAUUCGAGAAGGAGGUCCGAUCGUCACGCAUUACGACAGCAUGCUGGCGAAGCUGAUUGUAACGGGGAAAAAUGAGAAGACGCUCGUCGAGAACUGCCUUGCAGCUUUGGAUAAUUUCAAAAUUGAAGGGGCGUCAGUGAACUUGGAUCAACAUCGAAAAAUCUUGAACCACCCAGAUUUUUUGGCAAAUAGGGUCUUUACAACGUCUUUAGCGGGGAUUCUCGGUGGUAAGAAGGGUGGUGGUAGCGCGGGUGGCAGUGGCAAAUCGGAGUCUACAUCGUCUAGUAGAAAAGAGCUAGGACGUGAGCAGAAAAGCAUCGGCUCUCCUUUACCCGGUCAAGUCGUCGAGAUGGUCGUCAAGGAAGGCGACGUGGUAGAGGAAGGUCAGACGUUGUGCGUUAUUUCGGCCAUGAAGCUACUCAACGAUGUCCCCGCGCCUCACAGUGGCAAGAUCACUAAGGUUCUGGUCAAAAAGGGUCAAACUGUUGUCGCUGACGACGGCUUGUUCGAGAUGGAAGCGAUUAUCUACGAGGAAGAAGCAAAAAAAGGUUCAUCUUCGUCAACAAGAAAUGCAAAGAACAUCAAAGCAGGUUCUUCUGAGGGUGCAUCUUCUUCCUCUUCAACAUCUUGUCCACAUCAAGGAGCUGACCCACUUGGCGCUUUUCGCACAGUCAGUUCCUCCGACCGCGCAACUGGUAAAACUGAGCAAGCAGAGUAUGUCGAUGAUUUCAGUAGCCCAGCGUUGGGGACGAAGAUCAAACCUGAUUCAGACCAGUUCAAGAAGCGACAGAAGGUGAACCAAGGGCGCAUAAAACUCCUCGAAGACCGCAUCGGAGAGGUCCUGCAGUACGGUGGUGAGAAAAUGAUCGCACGAAAUCGCAAACGCGGCAAGUAUUUGGCUCGUGAACGCAUCCAGAAAGUCUGUGAUCCAGGCACUAGGUUUCUCGAACUCUCGCAACUAGCUUGUUUUGACAUGUACGAAGGCAAAGCGCACUCUGCAAGUGUCAUUUGCGGCAUCGGCAUCGUCCAUGGCAGAGAAACAAUGUUCAUCGCAAAUGACUCGACGAUUAACGGUGGCGCUUUUUAUCCAGAAACGAGUAAGAAAGUGAACCGCGCUCAAGAUAUUGCCGAGAAAAACCACUUGCCCUGCAUCUAUUUCGUGGAUGGUGGAGGCGCCAACCUCAAUGCGAGCAUGUACUUACUUUUCUGAACAAAGACAACUUCAUUUUUUGACAUAAUUCUUUCUGCUAGCCGUAAUCCUUGUUCCGCUCAUGAACGUGCAAGAACUCUGAUUCAAGAACUUCGUACUUAAGUAGGUCGUCAUGAACGUGCAAGAACUCUGAUUCAAGAACUUCGUAAGUAGGUCGUCUUCACUAUAGCGGAACGAAACUCACUCAGGGACUCUUCGAAAUCUGGCACUGCUCCGUCUACUGCUUUCGUCUGGGGCGGUCUGCAAUUCAAGAAUCAAGCUGUCAUGUCCUCAAAACGCAUUCCGCAGAUUGGCGUCGCCUUCGGUACCAGCACUGCAGGCGCAGCUUACACCUGUGCCAUGUGCGACGAACUUGUGAUGGUGAAAAAGAAUGGCCUCAUCUUCCUUGGCGGAGCCCCCUUGGUGCAGGCCGCGACAGGCGAAGUGGCGGAUGAGCAGGAAUUAGGUGGUGCGGCGAUGCAUACGAGCAAAUCCGGUGUGGCUGACCACUUUGCUGAAACAGAAGACGAAGCUUUGGCUAAAGUGCGAACUAUUGUGGAACAUUUGUCGUUGCGAAGAAAACUGCCAGUGUUGAACAUGGGAAUCCAAGGAGGCGGGAUCGCGGGACAAGUCAUCGAUGGAGCUUUGGGCAUGAUGUCUACUAGUUCUCCGCGGCUUCUUCCCGUCCAGGCGCCGCUGUAUCCGAGUGACGACUUACUUGGGAUCAUUCCCGAGGACAACAAGCUCCCCUUCGAAGUUCGUGAAGUGAUCGCCCGUCUAGUUGAUGGAUCCCGGUGGAACGAAUUCAAACCGCGCUACGGCGCUACUCUCGUCUGCGGCUUCGCGCACAUCCACGGUUACCCAGUAGCGAUUUUGGCGAAUAAUGGGAUGCUCUUCUCGGAAUCAGCGAUCAAAGCCACGCACUUCAUCCAAAUCGCAGGACAAAGAGGUCUGCCACUGCUGUUUCUGCAGAACAUUUCUGGGUUCAUCAUCGGCACUCAGUAUGAGCAACAGGGCAUUACGAAGGACGGAGCAAAGAUGGUCACCGCAGUGUCGUGUUAUCAAUUCCCGAAACUGUGCGUCGUUUUGGGCGGCGCACAUGGAGCGGGGAAUUAUGCGAUGGGAGGACCGGCUUUUGACCCGCGGUUCAUUUUCCUCUGGCCAAAUGCGAAGAUCAGUUAUGUUGAACACGAACAUUUUGUACUUGUAGAAGAAACCACUCGAAGGUUCCUAAGCCUAAAUGCCUGCAUCACUAGUAGAUGUGAACAAAUUAUAAUUUUCACCUCAGUCUUCGUCUUUCCUACAUGCGCAUCAUCAGUAAGAUACUUGCUGUAAUCCACCUCAUAUCGCUACAAUCUUCCCCUUUCAUCCCUCCGUAAUGGGCGGUGCCGAAGCAGCAAAGGUCAUUAUCCAGGUUCAGAAUAAUGCUAUGAAGCGGAAGGGGCAACCAGGUUUACCAGAGGAGAUGAAACAAAUGUUGAUUGAAAAGAUCGUGCCAGCUAUCGACGAUACAGCUACGGCGUAUCACCAUACUGCGCAAGUCUACGAUGACGGCAUCUUAGACCCACGUGACACGCGAGAUGUAUUGGGAAUGUGUCUGCAGAUUAUCGAAAACAAUGCGCCUGUGGUAGGAGGACCGAGCUACGGAGUGUUUAGGAAUUAACUUUGGAUAAAGCCAGUCUCAGUCAGUGUGUGUAAGUGUAAAUAUGAGCACUUCGGAACAGAAGGUACGGCAUCUGUAAAAUUCUAUAUGCUUAUGCUCCUCGCGACUGUCAGAGUCCGUCCAAUGCCGACUCGACGGUUAGACAACAUUUUCCUUUUCCGUUCUUAGUCCAUAUGAGAUAAGAGAAGGACCGAUUCUACUUCAAAACCUACACUAUAAGUCUUUUUGUUUUUCAAUUUCAGUGUGUAUAAAAGAGAUAUACCGAUCGUUGAUACGAGUAGAGUGUAGAAUUUCCAUAGUUGAUGUUUUU